GCUUUAGAGGGAGGUAAGUGUAGCAUUAUAUGAUAAACUGCUGCUUUGACAUUAAAGUUCUAAUCUUUUAAAAGGGGUCCAACAACUUUCAUUUACUUCAUGAUUUCUGUCACGGCCAAAUAUUGACAUUUGCGGUUAAUUGCUGUGUAAAGUGAUAAAGGAUUUCACAGACUUCUAUAUUGUGUUCAGAGAGCAGCAGAGGGGGGAUUCCUGACGAAUGAGGAGUCCGAUAAUUUCACUUUAUUACCCUAACUGUAAAAGUGAGAUCACCCUACAUGUGUUUUUAUUCUGUUAUCUCACCUUAUCUUUUUUAUUGUAACCAUUGGAGCCGAUGUGGGUGGCCUCUGUCAGAGUUCAGUGACACGGGGCAUAACAAGGCUAUCAAAAUUCACAUGUAUUUUUCGUACAAAAUUUAAUUGCAAAUGAGGACCUAUUCUCAGACUUUUGACUAAUUUCAAAAAUCAACAAUUUCUUUUCACUUCAGUUUUUCCCACACCCCCUAAUCAGUGGAAAAAAAGCUAAAGAAAUUCUGGUUUUAGUCUUUUAGCGUUAAGAUAUUUACCAAACACUCAUUUUAUCUUCUAUUUCUAAUCAGACUAACAAUGGAACUAACACGUUUACAGUUGUCUGCAAACUUAAAUUGACAUGUUGAUAGAAAAACUGGUAGCACCCCCUUGAGGCCACAUAAUGUAAUAGGCCUAAAUGCAAGUUUAAGCACUUGCAUGGGGCCUCUAAGCAAACACCAACGUGAAGGUGGAGGGUCUAAGAAUUAUCUCUUCAAAGAAUAAAUAAUUUUUAUUAAUGAAUAGAAGAUAAAGGAAUGGCCAUCCUUUUUGCGGUUUCAUACUGUUAUAGUUUCCCUAUCCUAACAGAAGCGUUCAUGGUUAGUGUAUUUCCUAAAUCAAUCUAAAAUAAAAUGUGUAAAUCUAUAAAUCUAAAUAAAAUGCAGUUGUAGUAUGUAGGGAAAAACCAUAGACUGUCUAUGGGAAAAACACCGAAACGCUUUGAACGAUGCAUGUCCGCAAAAGGCUUCCGUAGCUAACAGUUGUAUCAAGAUGCUAACUUUCUCGAAAUACGAAAUACGUGGUAAUGACUCAUAAUUGUUUUAAAAAAAUACCAAAAUUAUGAGACGUAACUAUAACUGUUACAUUAACAGUGUUAAAUAAUAGCUUUGGUUAGCCUGUAAUUUUGCCUUUUCGUUGAAAAGACGUUCAAAUAAGUCCUCCUGUGAAGUUUAACACCGUAAAAACCAACUCUACUUAACCGAAUGUUUAAAAAAAAUAAAUUAAACAAAAAAAAUAUUUUAAAAAAACUUGUAGGAGCCCAAAAUGUGAAAUAUUUUUGGCGAAGACCCGGAACUUCCUUUCCGGAAUCAAAAAGCAGAGGUACCUUUGCUGUAUAACGCGUUUCCGUCCGGAGUCAUUAGAGGCACGCAACCACAAGCGUGUUGUGUACACUAGAGAAGUCCAUGCUGUAAAAACUGAAAUCACAAUUUCACUUUUUAGGUGCAACUAUCGGAAUAAUGUAAUCCAACUUGAAGGAUAUAUCUUUACUCGGCUGUUUUAUUUAUUUUUCAGAAGAUACCAACAAAAAUCACCUCCUCUUUUACUGACUUUACUAACCAGCCACCAUGAAGAUCAAACGACAGAAACAAGCCAAGAAAAACAUCAAUUUCUACAAAUAUAACUUCGGCUUCAGGGAACCGUUUCAGAUCCUCAUCGAUGGGACUUUUUGUCAGGCUGCUCUGAAAAACCAGAUCCAGAUUAAAGAGCAAAUGCCCAAGUAUCUGAUGGGGGAGGUUCAGCUCUGUACCACAAGGUGAGCAGAUUUACUGACUCUAUAAACGGGUUACAGUUUUAUUACCUUUUUGAUUCACCAGUGUGUGUUUUCUUCCUCCUCCAGCUGUGCCCUGAAAGAGCUGGAGACUCUGGGUAAAGAGCUGUACGGAGCCAAACUCAUCCUGCAGAGGUAUCAGGUGAGGAGGUGUCCACACUUCAAGAGUCCAGUCCCUGCUUCAGAGUGUCUGCUGUCCAUGCUGGGGGAAACUAACCCACACCACUACUUUGUGGCCACGCAGGUAUGUACAAUGAGGUCACAUCAGCCAGGGGUACCCGGGUCUUAAAGGAGCCCUGUCAUUACAAUCUGAAGUAGGGGAGAGUGGGGUAAGUUGAGCCACCCCCGGUUGCUUGGAAAUAGUAAAAGAAAUUGAUCAUGUGACCAAAUAUUUAGGAGAUGGGCAUCAAUUCAUGGAGUCUGUAAAGGUUAGAAGCACAUGAGUGAAGAGGUUAGACAUUUAUUUACAAAAAAAACAUUUCUCAUUCUUGAAAGUGAAUUUAGCCUGUCUUAAGUUUUAUUAGAAUUAUUUAGUCUGUCUUAAGUUUUAUUAGAAUUGUGUUCAGACCAAAAAAGAUCAUUUUAAAUUUGUUUUAUCCAUCAAUUGUGGUAUCUAUGAGCUACAACAUGAGGUCAAAAUCCUAACAUAAAAGUCCACCAUUUUAGCUUAGAGGACUAAUAAAGUCAUGAUAGUAGUUCUGGGGUAAGUUGCAAAACUAUGAUUACCUUUAUGUAGUGAUCCGAAAUAUGAAAUAUGAAAGAUGGCUCAUCUUACCCCACUCUCCCCAAUUAUAUAUCAGGUAAAACUUCUGUGAGGAGAUUUUUCCCAAUAAACUAAAGCUAAAGAGACUGUCAGGAAGGUGGUUUGCUAUUUCUUCAUGAUUAUCUUACAUGCCUGCUACAUAUUACUAAACAUGGGGACUUUUUCAGUGAAGUGAGACUUUAAACCUGCUUUCCUGAGGCACGCUAAAUUUACUAUACCAAAAGUUCCGUACAUGAGCUUUAAUCUAUUAUACGAGGAGGAAUUUGUUUCUUUUGUUGUUUCCAUCAGACAUUAGUUAUUGCCUCUGAAAUGUGGUGUUGUGGUAGAAAUUUGUUUGAAAAGACGGUGUAAAUCUACGUUUAUUUCAGGGGAUUAAUUAUGUCUGAUUAGUUUACAUUUAAAGGGAUAUUCUGGCGUAAAAAUUAAUUUAGGGUCAAACACACCGUAACACUGAGUUAGACACCCCAUCGAGAGAUGAAUGUGGCCGACUGCUUGCUUCUCUACUUAUACCAACUUUAGUAACGACCACAUGAUAGCAAUACACAGCGGUCUGAGGAGCCAUAAACAAACCUCAACCAAAACGCCACUCUAUAGCCACAAAUAAUGCUCAGAACAGCACCUAACUUCAUCAACAGUACAUAUACGGAUACCUCAGGCGAGUCCAUUAACGCAGCGGGGUGACGCAGCUCAAGGAAGAACAUUUAUGAUCAUUUCUUCAUGGAAAUGCAAUCAGAGCGAGACGCUAAGGCAGAAAAACUAACGCAUCUGUAGUGCAAAAUGAUUAAUAUGGUGAAUAUUCUCUCCCCCUGGAUCUCAGAAACAUGGACUCACUACCCCACUUCAAAUCAAAACUCAAAACACAUCUGUUCCAAAUUGCAUAUUCCCUUUAACUGUCCAUUUCCAUACCUGUAUAUUGUUUUUAUUUAUUUUAACUGUGUUCUUAAUGCCUGUACAGUGUCCUUGGGUGUCCAGAAAGGCGCUUUUAAAUAAAAUGUAUUAUUAUUAUUAUUAUUAUUACUUUAAGGAAAUGAUAAAGAAAUGAUCAUAAAUGUUCUACCUUGAGUUGCGUCACCCCGCAGCAGUCUGUAAUGGACUGGCCCGAGGUCUCGCUACAAACAAGCGGCUGCUGGAAGAGAGUAGGUGAGUUGUGUUUAGUCUCUUUGCAAAUUGGCCAAAGCUAAAAAGAUGUUUGGUGGCUAGUGUUGUGGCUAAGACCCUAUAUGUACUGUUGAUGAAGUUAGGUGCUGUUCUGAGCAUUAUUUGUGGCUAUAGAGUGGUGUUUUGGUUGAGAUUUGUUUAUGGCUCCUCAGACUGCUGUGUAUUGAUAUCCUGCGGUCGUUACCAAAGUUAGUAUGAUGUAGAGAAGCAAGCGGUCGGCAACAUUCAUCUCUCAAGGAGGUGUCUAACUCGGUGUUACAAUGUGUUUGACCCUAAAUUGAUUUUACAUCGGAAUAUCCCUUUAAGUGUAUCAGUUCUUUACCUGGUGUAUCUGUUACCUGUCUGCCAGGACCACACAUUGACUGCAGGCCUAAAGAAGAUCCCUGGCGUUCCUCUGCUCUACAUCAUCCUCAACACCAUAGUGCUGGACAAACCCUCCCAGACGUCCCUGGACCACGUCCAAGCCGUGCAGCUGGGAGAGCUGGUGAGUCCGGCUCAGCAGCAGAGCAUCCGCAGCCUGAAGGAGGAGCAGGGCAUCACAACACGAAAGGAUGGAGAGAGAAGGGGGAAGAAGAGGAAAAGGAAGCAGAGCAAUCCUAAUCCUCUGAGCUGCCUGAAGAAGAAGAAGAAGGGCGUGCCGACACCACCACUGAAGAAGACGGCGGAGGGAGAGGAGAAGAAGAAAAGAAGCCGACACAAAAAGCGGAAGAUGGAGGGAGGAGACAAUGUUGCUGCACCUGCAGUCACAAACGCAUAGCAGAGCAGGAAGACAGAGACUUCAGUCGUUUUAUUUCUUAGGUAACUACUCUUUCAAGACGUUCAUCUGAUCAAUACUGUGCGCGGUCAACUCUGGUCCACAAUCCCUACGCUGUUACGUGAAAUAAAGCAAGUUUGAUACACAUAGAAACAUCCCAAAGUUACAGCUCAUUGUAUUUAUUUUAUUUUCAAAAUCUUUGCAACCAUUUCCAAGACUUUGGACUCAAGCUGAUGAAAUACACAUCUGAUUGAGAACAUGUAUCUUAGUACAAAAAAAGAGACAGUUUACAGGCACAUUGUUUAAAUAUAAGACGCACUCAGACAUUACAUGGCACUCAGUUUAUAUAGAGAGGCUGAUUUAAAAAAACAAAACCAGUGCAUUCAGCUGUCUUCGCAAGAGCACAAGGAAGAACAAAGACCUCUGGGAGUUUUCUUCAUUUUGACUUUGAUUUUUUUCUUUUUUUUACAUUUGUCCUCCAUAUUUCCACUCAGACUUCUCUUAACUCUUAAUAAAAUAAAAAAAUUACAUUUCCUGUAAUGUAUUAUAUCAAUAAACAAAUAUCUUAUUUAAAUACAGUCAGAAGUUUUAUUGUCAGAGCAUCACUUAUGGUUCUCAACUGGUGGGAUCAGGACCCAAAAGUCCCACAUGUGUAGGUUUGAAAAGUUGUAAGUAAAAUCUCAGAGGGCAUGCAGUGCGCUUGGACUAGUAAGGCGUUUAAGUCACACACCAAUACAAUAAGUGGCGUUAAUUCACCUUAAUGCUGGGAAACACCCGCCAAUAAAUGAAAAAAAAUCAGUAGGUGAAGUAGGUUCUGUUGGGUCCUGAGGCUAGACCAGUUAAGAACCACUGAUUCAGACCGAACAUAAAGAGUUAUUGAACUUUUUUCAUUCUUAAGUUGACACUGGAAUAAUAGAUGUAGAGCCACAACUUGAAAAGUCAUUUUUAGGAAUACUGGAGCAUCUAGUGCAAUUCCACUGAAAUGUUUGAGGACAGAGCAUGCAAAUGGCGGAGAGCGCAUGUUUACAAAAUCUAAAUAUUAAAAUCCAAAGAUCUUUUUCAUAAGCUGUGUCUCAAUUCCUCAGUACAUACUAUUUUUAUUCAGUAUAGUCAGUGGGUGUGUAUUUAGGAGUGGUAAUUCUGCACAAACUAACAUCAGUGUAAUGACUUUUCCACUAGAAAUAAUCUGUAUUUUGGAUUUGGGACACAGCUACAGUUUUAACUCUGGUGAGGCACGGACAGUUGAUGCAAGCAACACAUUUGCAGAAACAACAGCUUUUAGUUUGUCAUUAUUAAAGUGCUACACUACAGUCGUACAAUGACUAACUGCUGGUUAUACCUGCGAUCACUACUGUAGGAACGGUUUAAUCUGCAGAGACGGGAUAUAGUGCAUGCUCCUUCUGGCUAAUGUCAGUGUGCACGAGAACUUUUUCCUGAUGAGGCUUUAAGUAACAUUUUUUGAUGGAGUUAAAAUCACUGUGUCAAAAUACUUCUGUGUCUUAUACCAAACGGUUCUUGAAAUCCGUUACUAGACUAAUAUCAGCGACAAAGAGACACACAGUCCCAAACUUGUAGAUGUGAUGAUAUAGUAGUCCUAAAAAAGGAAUAGCUGCUAUAGUGUGGAAAACCGUAAAGCUCACCAAUGAUCCACUAACAUCAUAAUGACUUCUUUUCUCCCACCCCUGAAUGAAAAAAGUCUGCAGAUAAAACUCUGCAUAAUUCACAGAACAAAGGCAGCAAACUCAAAUAAUUAAAAAUGAACAUUUUCAAAUAAAAAAUGGUGUAUUCUUGUUUAGUUUUCUAGAUGAUAUGAAAGCGAGGUCCAGGUGUGGCGAUGAUGUCGCUGUACGGCUCCUCCUGGACCAGCUCCACCGCCUGCUGCUUCUUCAGGACCAGGAAACUGUAGAAUUUUGCAGCCGCCUGCUUCUUGUUGUUGUUCUUGCACAGAUCCAACAGGCUGACGGACUGGGCGCCUGUUUUAGCC